CUUUAAAUGGGAAGUCAAUGUUCUUAGGCAUAAUCAAAUAAUACCGUUAUUUAAGAAGAAAAGAAUGAAAUUAAAAAUGUGGUUUAGAAUUAGACACCUUGUGCAUACGUUUUCACAACGAAAUUGAAAUUAAAUGUGGAAAUUGAUAAGGCUUUAUAACCACUUAAAGUGAAUGAUUCAGUUUUAGAUAUAACAACUGAGAGAAAUUUGCAAGAAUCAUAACAAUAGAAGUUUGAUUAAAAAAUUACUCAGUUAGUUAUUAUCAAGGAAGUAUUUUGAUGAGACAAUGACAAUAAACAAAUCACACAAUUUAGUUUAUUCAAAUACAGGAUUUAACAUUCUCUCAGACUUAUGUCCAAGUGAAGUAGUGUCAUAGAAACAAAAAAAAUAAAAAAAUGUAGAAGAAUUUGAUGAAGACUAUGAUUAAAUGUGUAAAAAUGAUUUAGAUCAGUUUAAAUUUUAGCAACCUGCAGUUAUGAAAUAUGUAGAUAAGCAAUCACAAUAAUAAUAGAAAAUGUAGUAAAAAUUUAUUUAUUGAAUAGUGCUGUUGAACAAAGAAAUCUUAAAAAAUGA